AUGAAUUUGCUGUACAUGUUUAUUGCCAUUGGUUCCACUGUGACAGUUUCAACAGCUGACAGUCCUCAUUACAAUAUUAGCACUCUUUUCAUUAUGAAAACGACUUGUCCGGAAAACACAACCGUUUAUCUUAGACAACAAUGUGAGGGGUUAAAAAACGAGCAAGUACAACAUUUUCCUGUAACUUCAAAAGAUACACAUUUCACGUAUCAAAAUGAAUUUUGUGCAGAAUGCAAUUAUGAUUCAAACAUUGAAUUCUGGUCGUCAAACGCAGUAUGUGACAGACCAGUUGAUUUUAACUUUAUGUUCAAUUUCGAGGAAAUUGUAGAAUUGACAAUGAUGAACAAAUGUGUUGAUGCUAUUGAUGCAGUUGAUUCUGUUGAUAGGACAGGACCUGUUGAUGUUGAAGCUGUUGACGUUGAAGCUGUUGAUGUUGAAGAAGGUUCAAAUAUUUUUUGUGCUAUGUGCAAGACCGAGAGUCAAGUUCCAACCAUAGACAGUUGCAAUUUAACCGGACGUUGGGAAAGACAUGAAGAGACAUUAAAACAGAAAUGCAUCACUUUACCAGCUGUUCCUUAUCAUAGGCCGUAUAAAAAUAUAUUUUGUAAAAUGUGUAAUGAAGCAACGCAACGCUAUAAUGGUACCUACUCAAUUGAACAGAAUUGUGAAUUUAUCGACAAUUUUACAAAGUCUAUACACUUUAGAACUUUGUUUUCUGUGUUUUUAUAUGGUGACGAUGAAAUUUAUGAUUCUUCAAAACAAACAUGCCAAGAGAAUGAGAUAUUUGACAGUAUGCUGGGGAGAUGUAGAGAGAUUGUGUGUUACCCAGGAAGAAUCUUGAUCAACGCCAAAUGUGUUCCGUUAGUGCCUUAUACGUCAAAUUUGGACUCCCAUACCUCCUUAAAUGUUUGUUCAAUUCAUAUGUAUCGUACUUUUCGACAAACCUUUGUGAUUAACCACAACGACUAUGAUGCAGACAAAACACGUUUUGCUUUCUAUCUUAUUUACUCUUAUGCUGGUCCUUUGAUUAUUGUAUGUCUAAUAGUUUCUUCAAGUUAUUUGUCAGACAAUGAUUUAUAUGGUUACGAUCGGAAUGUGUGUUUUAUCCAAGACCACCUGGUUCUCAUUUGCACUUUUAUUGUGCCUAUUACCAUUAUUUGUUUGGUCGAUUUAUUCCUUUUCAUUUCAACAGUAAUAAACAUAAAAUCUACGCCAAAAGUCAACACUAAAGAAUCUUUUAUGCAAAACAAAAUUCAUUACACUGUUUACGUCAAACUGUUUGUAUUGACCGGAAGUGCAUGGAUUUUGCAAAUACUGGAUACUUUCUUUCCCGUCUCAAGUUUCUCAAUAGUAGUCUCCUUUUUAAAUUCUUUCCAAGGUCUGUAUAUCUUUUUGGCAUACAAUUGUAAUAGACGUGUUUAAUAUUUAUAUCUGAACCAAUUUAAACAAAUGUUUACUAGCAGUAAAAUCGGGAAAGUGAAUAAAACAAACACUUGUAUCUUCUAUACCUGGGAAACGUUUUUCAUUCAAAGACAAAACUUUAAGUGAAUAUGAGUAUCGGCAAAAAUUGCAUACAACAAAAAUAUGAUCACUGCAAGAUGUGUAGAGCAUAGUUAUUCGAGUGGUGUACUUUCUUUUCGUGAUACAUGUAGUCAUACUGUGUAUGUACUUAUAGAAUAUAA